AUGCGAGGCGCGCCUGGCUACGGGUUGGUAUUGAUACUCGUCAUCGUCGCCGUCUAUACGUCCUUUUCUCUCUAUCAUCACUACGAUGGCUACCUGUACAAGCCGGAGAUACGACCGUUGUCGACGCAGGAGCCGGUCGAGCAAGACUUUGUACCAACCGAAGAAGAAAUGGCGUGUCUCCAGGGAAAGCCCUUUCCGAUAGACGCGAAGCACCGCUUCGGGCUCGGAAUGGCAUCAAAGAACGAUCCAAUCCCGUCCAUCGUUCAUUACAUCUUCCUACAGAGGCUGCCGCUCGCCGAGGACGGGCAGGGGGACUUUGACUUUCUCAACUACCUCUCCGUGCGCAGCGCCUUGAUGUCACUUAAACCGAAGACGAUAAUCCUCCACUACGCAUACACGUCGUCGGAUCGAUCGCUGCUCGAGUCACUCAAAGGCGACCCGUUGAUAGAAAACAACCAAUGGAUUCGAAGGCUGAAACCGCACCUAGAGUUUGACAAGAUUACCGCAGCGCUGGACAAUCACCUCGUCCAUGCAGCACACUUGGCCGACACCCUGCGUCUCGAGAUCAUCCUCUCGCAGGGCGGCAUCUAUCUCGACACGGACGUCUUCAUCCUGCGGCCCUUCACCAAGCUCCUUUCGUCCCCAUCCCCGCACGACCUGGUGCUGGGUCAUGAGGGUGGAAACCGAUGGGGGCUUUGCAACGCGAUCAUUGCGGCGAGACCCAAUAGCACGUUCGUGCGGCGAUGGCUAGACACGUAUAAAGGUGCGGACCUCAACCAGGAGUGGAACUACCACAGCGUGUUGCUGCCCAAGGAGAUGUCGGGCAAGCACCCCGACGAGAUCUGCACGCUCCCGCCCGAUGCCUUCUUCUGGCCGACGUGGACCGACGACCACGUGCGGUGGAUGCAUGAGAGGAUCGAGAGGGCUGAGGCACGGCACUGGGAGAACAAGAUCUGGAGGACGGGCGGUAGUUUGUUUGACAAUCAGCUGGCAUACCAUGCGUGGAACCACGUCUCCAAGGACGGGCAUCUCAAGAGGCUAACGCCGCAGGUGAUAAGGGAAGAGGAUACCCGGUUCAACCUAUUGAUGCGGCGGUUCCUGGAGGAAGAGUUGUGACAAGCGUGUGAGCCGGCCUCUGUAGACUAG